CUCUCCACGAGACCAGAGACCAGACGAGGAGAUCAGAAGAAGGAGACGGAACAAGAAGAGGUGAAAGGAGAAGGGCAACGGAAGAACAGAAGGAGGUAAAGAGGAGCAGGACAGGAGGAGUGAGGAAAAAGAGGAAGAGGAGCUGUGAGGGAACUUUAACCAAGAGGAAGCAGAAAGUCAGAGAAGAGGUGACUAGAUAGAAGCAAGACAAGAGAGGAGGACGAGGAGGAGGAGGAGGAGCUGCAGCGUCGUCAUGGAGGAGGACAUCAGGAGACAGGGGGCGCUACACCUGCAGCAGCAGAGGUUUGGAAAGCGGUGGAAGCGGGUCUGGUGUGUCCUCUUCAGAGAAAGUUCCCGUUCAGUUUCCAGACUGGAGUUCUUUGAUUGUAAAGACGGAGUCACAGUGGAGAAGAGUCGCAAGCAGCAAGAAAACAAGAAGGUGAUCCGUCUGUCUGACUGUAUCCGGGUCUCGGAGGUGGAGAUGGACGGGUGCCCCAGAGACACGGGACCCUUUCUGAUCGAGACCACCGAGAAGAUCUACGUGUUCGCAUCAGACCGACUGCAGCUGGAGGACUGGACCCACACCCUGUGUGAGAUAGCCUUCCCUAUGAACAGGACAGAAGCUGGAGGGAAGAGAAGCAGCCUGUUGAGAGUAAGAGGAGGGAACGAAGACGCAGGAAUGGAGGACAACCCUCUGUACAGCGGCAAAGAUACAGUGUGUGGCUUCAGAGUGUGUGUCAGGAGCACUGAGGCCUCUCACCGCUCCAGACUUAAAGGUCUUGACGGUUUCCUGCGAGCCGAUGUUGACGCUCUGCUGCUGCUGAAGAAGAGCGGAGACGUCAUGUCCACCUGGCCGUACAGGUACCUGAGACGCUUCGGACGGGACAAGACCACCUUCUCCUUCGAGGCCGGGCGGCGGUGCGACUCCGGUGAGGGAUGCUUUGAGUUCGACACCGAGCACGGGAACUUCCUGUUUCAGGCCGUGGAAGCUGCCAUCAACCUGCAGAGGACCUCCGUCCCCCAGAGGAAGACCUCCUGCCGGACUGGUUCAGAGACCCCCCAAGACAAGACCCUGCCCCCCCUGCCCCUUAACCCACCUCUGGUCCAGACCAGGACGCCACCGCUGCCUCAACUCCGCGGCCAUGCCCCACAAUGCCCUGCUGCUCAGGAAGCUGGCGGUGUUUACAGCAUGGUGACUGAAACUCCACAUCACAAAGACAAGGAGAGCUGCACUGCUUCACAACAACAACAACAACAACAACAGCGCCAACAGCUGUCUCAUUUGGAGCCUCUCGGAGACAAAGUGCUGACAGGAGUCAAAAGUUUGACUCUGGAGACUCGCAGCGUCCCCCGUAAGAACCAGGUGAAGACCAUCUCCAGCUGCCCGCUGCCCCACCAGAAGCCCCCCGGGUCCCUCGAACACUCCAGGCCCCCCGAGCACCCCGGCUCCGGCCACGACCCGGACCAGACGUACUCCUGGACCGCCCCCCCGGAGCCAGAGUACUCCCUUCCCUUCGACACCAUCGCCAGCGCCCUCAUGUCCGACAUCCUGGAGCCCCGCCGGGCCAUCGGGGCCGAGGCCAUCGCCGACCCGCUCUACGAUAGCAUCGACGAGAUGAAGAUCAGGAACGUCUUCCUGAGCGACGGCGCCGGGCCGGCGGGCAGGAAGACGGAGCACAUCUACGACGAGCCUGAAGGCUGCGCCGCCCCGCCGCCCCCCAGCGCCAUGUACGACGACCUCGAAGAGAUGAGAGGCAAUGCGUGGAGGCUCAUGGGGACGGCGGCUGACCCAAAAGGCUACGAGUACCCCUACGACCCCCGGGUGGACGACUAUGCCGUCCCCAAAAGGGCCCAGAGGGUACUUCCUGUAGCACAAAGCACCAACGAAGAAGAAGACGGGGAGGAGGAGCCACGGGAGGAAGAUCAGGAGGAGCACUGUGAGCCACCAUACAGCAACGUGAGGAAGAAGAAGGUCUGACCAGAGACCAGGGACCAGGGACUUGGGACCGGAGACUGGAGACCAGACACCAAAGACUUGAGACCAGACACCAGAGACUAGAGACUAAAGACCAGAGACUAGAGAUCAGAGACUAGAGACUAGAGCCCAGAGACCAGGGACUAGAGACCAGCGACUAGAGACUAGAGAUCAGAGACUAGAGACUAGAGACUAGAGACCAGAGACCAGGAACUAGAGACUAGAGACCAGAGACUGGGGGACUAGAGACCAGAAACCAGGGACCAGAGACCAGGCACCAGAGACCAGAGACUAGGGACCAAAAACCAGGGACUAGAGACCAGGGACCAGAGACUAGAGACUAGAAACUAGAGACUAGAGACCAGAACAACAACAGCGAGCUUCGUGUCUUGAAGCAGCAUUCUCAGGGACGACUCCUCUGGUUCUAUAUAUAUAAAUAUAUAUAUAUAUAUAUAUAUAUAUAUGGGUAGUUGACAUAUAAGGAUGAAACAGUAUUUUUUAAAUAAAGUUCUAAUGAGGAUUUUAGUUGUAUGAAAUUAUAAUGUUAAAAUGCUGAAUUUUUAUAAACUGCUAGUGUUCCGUUGAUUUUUUAAAAUAAUUUCAUUAUUUUUGAAGCUUUUCUUAUAAAAUUUGUCCUGCGGUGUGACAUGUCACUAUGACACAAAUUUAAAUAUAUUACUAUUAUUGAUUUCAAGUACAAAUUAGGUAUGUUUAAAGUUUAAGAAGUACUCUUUCAGAAUGUUCAUUAAAAUUCUGCAUAUGAUUAUCUUUCA